AUGGCCGGUGGUGCGGAACGUUUCGUACUUGGCACUAGCGUUAAUAAAAGCCAAGUGCGGCCGCGGGUUGCGCCUAACUUAUCGGUUGGUCUACGCGCGGUGAAGAUGUUCAAUCAGCCGACGCAACACGUGUUAAUCGCUGCGUUAGUGUGUCUAGUGUACGGUACCAGUGAGUUUCCUGAAUACACCAAAUUCCCACCAACGCCGUUGGUUUGCAUCACCAGUGGUUGCAUCAUCGGGAAGAACCGGGACGGCUUGGAGGGAAACCAGUACGAAGCCUAUUUCGGGAUACCGUACGCCAAGCCGCCGCUCGGAAAGCUGAGGUUCAGAGACCCUGUUCCGGUCGAAUCCUGGGUUGGAUAUUACGAUGCCACCUACGAGCGCAGUAAAUGCAUGCAGAAAAUCAAUUCACACCCGUUAUCGCAGGUGGAAGGAAGUGAGGAUUGUCUGUAUCUGAAUCUGUACAGACCGAAGUACAUCAUGGACCCGCUGCCGGUAAUCGUCUACAUCCACGGAGGCAGCUACGCUUCCGGAUCCGCUUCAGUGGCCGAGUACGGCCCCGAACGGCUGAUGAACACCCGCAAGGUGAUUGUGGUCGUGCUUCAGUACCGUCUCGGUGCGUUCGGGUUUCUGUCUACCGAAGACGACUGCGCGCCCGGCAACUACGGUCUCAAGGAUCAAAGUCUGGCGCUGCGAUGGGUUCAGCAAAACAUUCAGAAGUUCGGUGGCGACUCCAAGCGCGUUACGCUGGUAGGUCAAAGUGCCGGCGGCGCGGCCGUUCAGCUGCAUAUGAUGUCACCGUUGAGUAGAGGCACAUUUUCCAAAGCGAUCAGCAUGAGUGGAAGCGCGAUAGGCUACUGGAACUAUAACAUCGAUCAAGCGAGGGUUGCACGCAGACAGGCAGCCGUUCUUGGAAUUCCUGACGCGUACACAAUACCCGCCACGCAACUGAUCGACCAGUUACGCGCGGUGGAUGCCAUCGAGCUGGCUAAAAGUAUUGACCGACUGAAAUACUUCUACGUGCAUCCAACGGCACUGUAUCAGCCCGUCGUAGAGCGGCACGUGACAAAUGCAACAUUCAUGCCCAGAGAACCACGAGCUCUGUGGGCGACGGGGAAAUUUGAGAAGGUUCCCUGGGUUACGGGCUUCCUUCCCAAUGACGGUGCCGCUGACUCACUGGGCAUAGUGUCCAACGUUACUUUGCUCGAGCAGCUUAACGAAAAAUCCCGGAUUUACAUUCCACGUCUGGCCGGAGGAGACGCUGGCCCACGGUCGACGCAGAUGUUGAAGGAACGUUUCUUUAACGAUAGUGCUUCCAGAGAACAUUGGUUGACAAAGGACAAUUUUUUGAACAUACAAAAUUUGCUCACAGAGUCAACGAUGCAUUAUCCAAUAAUCCUAGGUGUAAAGCAGCAUACCGCGUUAAAAAGCUCCAAAAGGGCACCUGUCGGUGUGUAUUAUUUUAAUUUCAAAGGUCGGCACUCGAAUUCCUACCUGUACACCUAUACGAGGGAAGAUUUUGGGGUGUGCCAUGCGGAUGAACUGUUGUAUCUGUUCCGAAACACUGCACUUGCACCCGAUUUUGCCACCGGAUCGCCCGAGUACGUUAUGGCGAAAGCAUUCGUAGAUUACAUCGUCAAGACGGCCUACGAAGGUGUCGUUGGUCCAACGUGCGAACGGGACGAUUGUCAACUGCUGGAAUUCGUCAACUCGGACGAUACGAAGGCUCCAGUCGAACUGAACCUGUACAACGGUUUCGACGAAGAAAUGUUCCAGUUUUGGCGAAAGUUCUAUCGGUUGCAAGGAAUCUACUCUCCACCUGAGCGUCACGUGCAAGUUGCUUUACUCGGACCGAUAUUGCUGGUUUGUUGUAGUGCCUCGGAUGAUACUAUUCGGCCGAAUGGACCGCGCACCUGUUUAGCGGACGGUGGAUGCCUUCAGGGGCGAUACUUUAGCAGCCAAAAGGGAACCCGGUACGAAGCUUAUUUGGGUGUUCCGUAUGCAAGGCCUCCGAUCGGUGAGUUACGAUUCAAAAAUCCUCAACCCCUCGAACCGUGGACCGGGGUUUACAAUGCGACCUAUGAGCGUGAUAAGUGUGUGCAGAAAAAUGACCUCUGGCCUAAUGCAGCAGUGGAAGGGAGUGAAGAUUGUUUGUACAUGAACAUAUACAAGCCCGAGUUUCCUAAAAAUCCAGAUAGGCCUUUAGCAGUGAUGGUGUACAUUCAUGGCGGAGGAUACUUUGCCGGAUCAGCAUCGAAGGGUGAGUUCGGACCGGAUCGUUUCAUGGACAACGGAGAGGUUAUUAUAGUUGUGAUGCAAUAUCGGCUGGGAGUGUUCGGGUUUCUGUCUACCGGUGAUCAGGUAGCCACAGGUAACUACGGUUUGAAGGAUCAAAGUGCUGUGCUGAAAUGGGUUCAGAAGAACAUUGCGCAGUUUGAAGGCGAUCCGACGCUGGUAACGUUGUUUGGACAAAGCGCAGGUGGUUCAUCGGUGCAGAUGCACAUGAUGAGUGAUCUGAGUAAAGGAUUGUUUUCCCGUGCGGUUAUCAUGAGUGGAAGUGCGCUCGGAUUCUGGCAUCAACCUGUUGAUAAUCCACUGGAAUUUGCUCAGCAACAAGCCACUGCCGUAGGAAUUCAAUCAGCCAGCACAAUGUCCUCGGAAGAGUUGGUACAAGCUUUACGUCAGGUCGACGCUCUUGAACUAGGUGGAAGUAUUGAUAAACUUAAGUUUUGGCACAUAUUUCCGUUGGUCGUUUACCGUCCGGUUGUGGAGAAACACGUUGACGAUGGUACGUUCAUUAGCCAAGAUCCUCGUACGCUUUGGGCAACCGGAGCGUACCAUCAAAUUCCAUGGAGAAUUGGUUAUGUUCCGAACGAAGGAGCGUUUGCGUCGUUGGCUCUUAUCACCAAUACAUCGCUGAUCGCUGAUCUUAAUAAGCACGCUGAUUCAUAUAUUCCUCGGAUGUUCGGCGUCAAAGAAGAUGAUAAAUCACGGAGAAUGCUUAGACAAAGAUUCUUUCCCGAUGGAACCGACCAGGACUGGAUAACUGUUGCAAAUUAUGCCAACCUCCAACACCUUUUUAGCGAAGCAUUCAUCACCUAUCCAGUGGCGUUGUCGGUCAAGCAACAUAUUGCUAGCACUGUCAAAAAUAAAUCACCAAUCGACGUGUACUACUUCAGCUUCAAGGGCGAUCACUCACAUUCGAAAUACUUUUCGCAGACAGAUACGGAUUUCGGGGUGUGCCAUUCGGAUGACCUAUCCUAUCUCUACCGCUCCAAGGAUCUGUUCGAGGAUUUCGAACCGAACUCUUCGGAGCUCGCAAUGGCAACACAACUAGUCGAUUAUUACGUCAAAUUCGCUUACGAUGGAGUAACGAAUGAGAGCUGUAAACAAGACUGUGACAUACUGGAGUUCACUAACUCCAACGAUCCUAACAAACCAGUUGAAACCCGCACUAAGAAAGGAUUCGACGAACAAAUGGUCGCAUUUUGGAGUGAAAUCUACGACUGGUCAUAAUUUUUCCGCUACGCUAAGGUAUACAUACGAUAAAAGUAAAAAAAGACUAUAAAUUUACGAUUUAGAUUUAAAUUCUUGAUACAAAAUAUGACCUCAGGCGUUCGCACGCAUCAAGUAAUUAUAGUGUAAGUCUUUGAUUGUCCUUCUAAAGAGCAUAGUCUUUCUCGUAGAAAGCAGAACCGAAUAGUUUGGUUGCGUCGCAGCCGGCUAUUUAGCUAUCAUUCUCGACAUUCUCUCAAAAUAUACAAAUGAUCCGGUUUGCUUCAUUUUUCUCACUCUCAUUAUCACUAUUCUAAAUCAAACAUACAAAUAAAAUAAAAUUAAAAAAAACAUGUAAGGCAAAGAAAACUAUGGCUGAAAUGCAAACUUCAGUAAAGUAGAAGCAAUGAUUAGAUUUAGAGGCACAAAACUUCAUGCCUUUUCACAUUUUCCGCUAAAAUUAAGCAAAAAAAAAUAAAAUUCAAAAUUCUUUUUCCCCUUCCCUACAUUAAAAGAACACUAUAAAAGAAAAUAUGAGAAUAAUAUGUAUUGCCUUUGGUACCGUACGUUCGCUGUUGUGAUUUGCCUCGCUCCC